CUUUCUAACUAAUAUACUAGGAGAGUUUGUCUUGUAUCCUUGUCACAAGACAGAAAGGGAGGUUGAGGUCGAAAUUGUCCGGAAUUGGUAAAUUCUUUUGGCUGAGAAAUGACGACACAGGGCGGCGGCCCCGUAAGGGGCCGUAUGCUGCCACAAUUCCUAGUGGCAUUGGCCAUUUUGGCGAUUUCUAGUGUUGUUUCGGCUGACCCAUAUGUUUAUUCAUCUCCACCACCUCCUUACGAGUACAAGUCGCCGCCACCGCCGCCCUAUGAGUACAAGUCGCCACCGCCUCCUUCUCCAUCUCCACCACCGCCAUAUGAGUACAAGUCACCACCACCUCCUUCUCCAUCUCCACCACCACCUUAUGUGUAUAAAUCUCCUCCACCACCCUCACCAUCACCAUCACCUUACGUGUACAAGUCACCACCACCACCUCCUUAUGUCUAUAAGUCACCGCCACCACCUCCACCAUAUUACUAUAAAUCUCCCCCUCCACCCUCCCCCUCACCACAUCCACCAUAUUAUUACAAAUCUCCACCACCACCUUCUCCCUCACCACCACCACCAUACUACUACAAAUCGCCACCACCACCUUCACCCUCUCCUCCACCACCAUACUACUACAAAUCUCCACCACCCCCCUCACCAUCACCACUUCCACCAUACUAUUACAAAUCUCCACCACCACCCACUAAGUCUCCACCUCCUCCUUACUACUACACUUCUCCACCACCACCAGUGAAGUCCCCUCCACCACCAUACUACUACACCUCUCCACCUCCACCAGUUAAAUCACCACCUCCUCCAUACUAUUAUGUGUCUCCCCCACCACCAAAGAAGUCUCCACCACCACCAUACUACUACACCUCUCCACCUCCACCAGUUAAAUCACCACCUCCUCCAUACCAUUAUGAGUCUCCCCCACCACCAAAGAAGUCUCCACCACCACCAUACUACUACACCUCUCCACCUCCACCAGUUAAAUCACCACCUCCAUACCAUUAUGUGUCUCCCCCACCACCAAAGAAGUCUCCACCACCACCAUACUACUACACCUCUCCACCUCCACCAGUUAAAUCACCACCUCCUCCAUACUAUUAUGUGUCUCCCCCACCACCAAAGAAAUCUCCACCUCCACCAUACUACUACACUUCUCCUCCACCACCACCAGUUCCCCACUACCCACCACACCAUCCUUUCGUUGUCAAGGUAGUAGGCAAAGUAUACUGCUUCAAAUGCUAUGACUGGACCUACCCAGAGAAGUCCCAUAACAAGAAACACCUAAAAGGUGCUGUUGUGGAAGUGACAUGCAAGGCUGGUGACAAGGAAAUUAAGGCAUAUGGAAAAACAAAAAUUAAUGGAAAAUACAGUAUAACAGUUGAAGGUUUUAAGUAUGGGAACUAUGGAGCAAAGGCAUGCAAGGCUAAACUCCAUGCACCACCAAAGGGAUCAAAGUGUAACAUUCCAACAAAUCUUCACUGGGGAAAGAAGGGAGCCAAGCUCAAGGUGAAAUCCAAGGAUAAGUAUGAAGUUGUGCUCUAUGCUAAACCAUUUGCUUAUGCUCCAAAGAUUCCAUAUGAGGAAUGUAAGAAGCCGAAGCCGACCCCGGCUCCGUACUACUACAAGUCUCCUCCACCACCGUCGCCAACUUAUGUCUAUAAGUCCCCACCUCCUCCAGCACCGACCUAUGUAUACAAGUCUCCACCGCCACCAACACCGACCUAUGUGUACAAAUCUCCACCGCCGCCAACACCGACCUAUGUGUACAAGUCUCCACCGCCGCCCACACCUACUUAUGAGUACAAAUCUCCACCACCACCAACACCAACCUAUGUGUACAAGUCUCCACCGCCACCCACGCCUACUUAUGAGUACAAGUCUCCACCACCACCAAAGCCUACUUAUGAGUACAAAUCUCCACCGCCACCCACGCCUACUUAUGAGUACAAAUCUCCACCGCCACCCACACCUACUUAUGAGUACAAAUCUCCACCACCACCAACACCAACCUAUGUGUACAAGUCUCCACCGCCACCCACGCCUACUUAUGAGUACAAGUCUCCACCACCACCCACGCCCACUUAUGAAUACAAAUCUCCACCUCCACCAACGCCUACUUAUGAGUAUAAAUCUCCACCGCCACCAACACCGACCUAUGUGUACAAGUCUCCACCGCCACCCACGCCUACUUAUGAGUACAAAUCUCCACCGCCACCAACACCGACCUAUGUGUACAAGUCUCCACCGCCACCCACACCUACUUAUGAGUACAAAUCUCCACCACCACCAACACCAACCUAUGUGUACAAGUCUCCACCGCCACCCACGCCUACUUAUGAGUACAAGUCACCACCUCCUCCAGUACCUACUUAUGUCUACAAGUCACCACCUCCACCAACGCCUACUUAUGUAUACAAAUCUCCACCACCACCAACCCCUCCUUAUGUAUACAAAUCUCCUCCACCACCUUCACCAACAUAUUACUACAAGUCACCACCACCUCCUACACCUACUUAUGUAUACAAGUCUCCACCGCCACCAACACCGACCUAUGUGUACAAGUCUCCACCGCCACCCACACCUACUUAUGAGUACAAAUCACCACCUCCACCAACACCAACACCAACAUACAUUUACAAAUCCCCGCCACCGCCACCACCCUCACCUUCACCACACUACUAUUACAAAUCUCCACCACCACCAUCUCCAUCUCCUCAUCCUCCAUACUACUACAAAUCUCCUCCCCCACCGUCACCCUCCCCACCACCACCUUACUAUUACAAAUCCCCUCCACCACCAUCACCCUCACCACCACCACCUUACUAUUACAAAUCCCCACCACCACCAUCACCCUCACCUUUACCACACUACUAUUACAAAUCUCCACCACCGCCAUCCCCAUCUCCUCAUCCUCCAUACUACUACAAGUCCCCUCCACCACCAUCACCAUCUCCCCCGCCUCCCUACUACUACAAGUCCCCACCACCACCAUCACCUUCUCCGCCACCUCCUUACUACUACAAGUCCCCACCACCACCAUCUCCCUCACCUCAACCACACUACUACUACAAAUCUCCACCACCACCAUCGCCAUCUCCUCCUCCAUACUACUACAAGUCUCCUCCACCACCAUCACCUUCUCCCGUACCACAUUACUAUUACAAAUCUCCACCACCACCAUCACCCACCCCGCCACCACCUUACUAUUACAAGUCUCCACCACCACCAUCACCAUCUCCCCCACCUCCCUAUUACUACAAGUCCCCACCACCACCAUCACCCUCACCUCUACCGCACUACUAUUACAAAUCUCCCCCACCACCAUCACCAUCUCCUCCUCCUCCAUACUACUACAAGUCUCCUCCACCACCAUCACCCUCACCCACACCACCUUACUAUUACAAGUCCCCACCGCCACCAUCUCCCUCACCCCUUCCUCCCUACAUCUACAAAUCCCCACCUCCUCCAUCACCAUCUUCCCCACCACCAUACUACUACACAUCACCUCCCCCUCCUGUGAAGUCACCUCCCCCACCAGUCUACAUAUAUGCUUCUCCACCUCCUCCGACCCACUAUUAAUCGUCAAGAAGUUCGUGGUUUUCCUCUGGCAGUCAUCAUUCCAUUACAAACACAGAAUAAAGAAAGGCUUCCAGAGGUCAAGAUCCAAGAAUCGAAUUGUCGGGGAAAUUAGUUUAAUUACCAAUAAGGACCUAAAAGCGUUACAAAGAUCAAAUCUUUACAUGUUGGACCAGUUUGCAUCCACCUCUUUGCCUGUAAUUUUGCACACAAUCAUUGUAAUAUCUGCAAGUGAAAGUUGGUCAAAGAUGAAUUUGUUAUUUGUACCAAGAUGAUAUAUAGUUAGAGGUGUAUCUAGGGUUGUUGUUCCAUAAUUUAUUCUUGUACUCUGAUGGCCUUGUUUGAAAUUAUAUUUAUUACUUUCUUGGUUCUC